UGUGACGUAUAAUAUAUGAGUCGAGGGUGGUUUGACACACUUGCUGUCGCGCACUUUUAGUCGGGUAUAGUCUGAAUACGUUCCGUUUAUAAUAACUUUUAUGGAUAUCGUUUCUAUCCAGAUACACACGUAUAAGAAUGGCGUAUAUGCAGAUAUUAAAAGUCCUGUAUCGGAAUUUAAAGCCAACAGCGACGCAGACGUGCAGAAUGACAGCAGGCAAUUUGUCCAUCCACACACACAAAACGGAGUCAGUCCUUUCGAGAUCGACCUUCCACUGGCAGCUCGAAUCCCCUUCGUGUAAUAGUCACUCUCUGUGCUGUUUACUGCAGUCACGCAGAGGUAUUACUCUUGACUUCGGACUAAGAAAUAAAAGCGAGGAGCGAGACGGUGGACAGAAAUCAGUGUACAAAUACCAGAGUGGGAGUCCAAAGCUGUCAACGACACACAAAGUAAAAGAAGCUGGCCGGGAUUUCACCUACUUGAUUGUCGUACUCAUCGGACUUGGAGUGACCGGUGGCCUUCUGUAUGUGGUCUUCCAGGAAUUGUUUUCUUCCUCUAGUCCAAAUAAAGUCUAUGGAAAAGCUUUCAACAAAGUCAGAUUAGACCCAGAGGUAAUUGGCGCAUUCGGAGAACCAAUCAAGUGUUACGGUGAGACGACUCGUCGGGGAAGAAGACAGCAAAUCAGUCAUAGGGAGUAUCUAAAGGACGGACUGAAACACAUGAGACUCAAAUUUUACAUUGAGGGAUCUGAACCGGGGCUAAAAGGCACUGUGCACUCUGAGUCAAUGGAGAAUCCCGAAUCUGGAAAGUAUGAAUUCCGCUACAUAUUUGUGGACAUAGACACUUACCCAAGGCGGACCAUCAUUGUCGAAGAUAACCGAUAAAAACAGCAUCAAACAACAAAAUGAGAGGUUCAAUUAGUCAAGAUAUUUCACUGGCUAAUAAUUGAUUCUCGCUGUGUGUAUUUUGUAUGUUGUGAAUGUGGAAACAGCUGAGGAUACAAAUUGAACAUUAUUUUCUGAUUAAAAGUGUUUGCAUUGAACAUCAA